GAACUCCAGGCGGGCGGGCGCAACAGCGGCCAACAGUAGGUGCUGGGGACAGACGCUGGGGCCGCGAUCUGCAUCCAGCCCCGCAUCCUCCCGCAUCCUCCAGCACUGUCCCGCACCAUCCGCGCACCUUCCCCAGGCCACCGCAUUUCCUAUGUGACCCGCCCCUGCAACGCCGAGUCCCUUCGCGUAGCGCUGCGGUGAAUUCUUAUCCCUAAACUGCAAUAAGCCUCCUUCCAAGGACAAGAUGUUGGUAAAUAUAAAAAUCAUCUUAUGGAUAUGCUCUAUCUUAAUAACAACCAAUUCCCAACAAAAUGACAAAGUGGGGAAAAGCCCAACUGUUAAGGCCUCCCUCUCUGGAAAAGUUGACCUUCCGUGCCAUUUUUCAACCAUGCCAAACUUACCAUCCAGUUAUAACACCACUAAUGAACUUCUUCGAAUCAAAUGGUCUAAGAUUGAAGUGGACAAAAAUGGGAAAGAUUUAAAGGAGACCACUGUGUUUGUUGUCCAAAAUGGAAAUGUCAAGAUCGGGGAUGACUACAAAGACAGAGUGUUGGUGCCGACACUUCUGGAGGAUGGAGGUGAUGCCACACUCACCAUGCUCAAAGUGCGUGCAAGUGAUGCAGGUCUCUACCGCUGUGAUGUCAUGUAUGGACUUGAGGACACACAACACACUGUAUCAUUGGCUGUAGAAGGAGUUGUAUUUCACUAUCGGGCAGCCACCAGCAGGUACACUCUGAACUUUGAAAGCGCCAAACAAACCUGUUUGGAUGUUGGGGCAGUGAUCGCCACCCCAGAACAGCUCUAUGCAGCCUAUGAGGAUGGGUUUGAGCAGUGUGAUGCAGGCUGGCUCUCUGAUCAGACUGUGAGAUAUCCUAUCCGGGCCCCUCGUGUAGGGUGUUAUGGAGAUAUGAUGGGGAAGCAGGGAGUCCGGACUUAUGGAUUUCGCUCACCUCAUGAAACUUAUGAUGUGUAUUGCUACGUGGACAAUCUGGAUGGUGAUGUUUACCACAUCACUGGUCCCAAUAAAUUCACCUUUGAGGAGGCCAAAGAAGAGUGUGAAAACCAGGACGGGCGGCUGGCGACGGUGGGAGAGCUCCACGCAGCUUGGAGGAACGGCCUAGACCAGUGCGACUAUGGGUGGCUGUCAGACUCCAGCGUGCGCCACCCUGUGACUGUGGCCAAGGCUCAGUGUGGAGGUGGUUUAAUUGGGGUGAGAACCCUGUAUCGUUUUGAGAACCAGACAGGCUUUCCUCCCCCUGAUAGCAGAUUUGAUGCCUACUGCUAUAAAACUAAACAGAAUAUAACAGAGGCUACAACCAUCGAAUUUGAAGAAACUGCAUCAUCCAGUUUUUCCACAGAACUGGUACCUGACAGAACUACACCUUUUAUACCUUUAGUCACUGAAUUACCUCUCAUUACAACAGCAUUCCCACCUGUGGGAAACAUAAUUAAUUUUGAACAGAAAACCACAGCUCAAACUGUCACACACAGAGUAGUCACUGAAUCACCCUUAUCUGCUGCAAGUACCAAAAUGCCUUUAGAUAUGAGCUCCUAUUUACCUUCUUUAGCACCUCUUGAAAAACCAGAUAUAUCUGAAAUUACGGAACAAGUGCCCCCAAGUUCAACUGUCAUCUCUCAUCACACUACAGAUUCAAGAGAUGAUAUGACAGAAGACAUCCAAACUCAAGAAUCAGUUACACAAAUUGAGCAAAUAGAAGUGGGUCCCUUGGUAACAUCUAUGGAGAUCUCAAAGCAUCUUCCUUCCCAGGAAUCCUCUAUAACUGAAACACCAUUCAGAUCUACAACAAUGACCCAGGAAUCCAAAACUGAAAAGAAAACAGUAAGCCCCUUUUCUGAAACAGUUGCCACAGAUAGCUAUGGCUUUACCUUGGGAGGAGAUGAUGGUGAAGACAGAACAUUUACAGUUAGAUCUGCUCAGAGCACGUUGGUCUUCAGCCAAAUGCCAGAAGUCAUAACUGUAUCAAAGACUUCAGAAGACACAACCCCCACACAACUGGAGCAUUUAGAGUCUGUCUCAACAUCUACAGCUGUCCCACCUAUAACUAUGCCUGGGAGUGAUGGAUCACCCAGGACCUGGGAGGAGAAAGAAACUAAUGGUUUUGACCAGUCUGUGUCCACCACACCUUUGCCGUCACUGCAUCAAACGGAAGUUGAAUUGCUUCCUUAUUCUCAUGAUAAAAACUUAGUUGGGAGAAAGACCACAAUUGUUUAUCCCUAUCUAGAAACCAAAAUGCCACAAGGAAAAGAAAGAACAGAAACAGAAGCAGGGGAUUUGGAGGAAGAACUUGUGACAACUCCAAUUGGCUUAGAAACCAGUGGCUAUCAAGAUACUACCAAGUAUGAUGAGGGUAUCACAGCUCAGCAUUUGACCCAGAGCACUCAAACUCUAGAGGUGGUCACUGUAUCAAAGUGGUCAUGGGAUGAAGAAAACACAACAUCAAUGCUUUUAGAACCCACCGAACACACAGGCUCCCCAGAAUUGUCCACUGCCUUACUCACCACGGUGGGCAUGAGUGAGAUGGGUAAAGAAAUCCCAAGUUUCACUGAAGAUGGAAAGGAUGAAUUCACUCACAUCCCGGAUAGUACCCAAACAUCACUAGAAUCAACUGAGGAAGACACAGAAAGAGCUCCAUCUAUCACAAGCACGGAGGGCCCUGUUGUUUAUCCAACCACAGAAGGGAGUGCUUCUGGUGAAGGGGAAGAUGUUGAGGUCUCAAAACCUGCAUCUGUUGUGCCUCAAUUUUCAUUCACUUCAGAUGAUGAAGGAUUAGCAUUUGUUAACUACAGUAGUACCCAGGAACCUACUACUUAUGUAGAUAGUUCUCAUACCAUUCCUCUUACUGUAGUUCCCAAGACAGAAUGGGGAGUAUUAGUACCUUCUGUUUCAUCAGAAGGUGAAGUUCUAGGUGAGCCCUCUCAAGAUAUACGUGUCAUUGACCAGACUCACUUUCAUUCAACAGUUUCUCCAGAAAUUUUAAAAACAGCAACAGAAGUUAUGCAGGGAACAACUGGAGAAUUCCUUUGGAAAGAACAGACUCCCAAGAUAACGGUUCCUGCUCUCAGUUCAACUCCUGGAACAACCCAGGAGACAACAUCAUUUCUGGAUGAAACAGACAGUGAUGGAUCAGCCUAUACAGUCUCUGAAGACAGAUCGGUGUCAACAUCUGAAGGAGUCCCAGGUUUAGAAACAACUCCAGCUGGAAAAAUUGACCAGAGUAUGUUUUAUCCACCUGGGGCUGUCACUGAGCAAAAAGGCAAAAAAGAUGAAAUCACACUAACCUCAAGCGUGGAGCCAAAGGAAUCUUUAAGUGCAGAACCUGAACCAAAAGAUAAAAUAGAGGGUACUAGUUCAACCCCUUUUAGCAUCACUGCUACCGAGUUUAUAGAGGAAACCAUUACUGAGGAAAGAGAGAAAACAUCCCUAGAUUAUAUUGAUUUAGGCUCAAGAGUAUUUGAAAAGCCCCAAACCACAGAAAUUUCAACGAUUAAAGCCACAGUUCCAAGUGACACCACCACUUUCUUCAGUUUAGAAGACAAACUUCACACCAUUUCAGCUCCCCAACCAUCAUCAGCGUCCACUGAGAAACCACCUCUCAUUGAUAGGGAACCAGGUGAAGAAACAACCAGUGAUAUGAUGAUCAUUGGAGAAUCAACAUCUUAUAUCUCUCCUACUCCCCUUGAGGAUAUUGUAACCAAGGAAACAGAAGCUGAUAUUGACACUGAGUAUUUCACAAGUUCAAGCAUUCCUGCUUCACAGCCAACAAGACCACUCAUUGCGAACGAGACAGAGGUUUUCAGACCCCAGACACUUUCUACAACGCAACCCUCAGUGGGGACAAAACUUCAACCUGAAAUAAAUGUUUAUAUUAUUGAGGUCAGAGAAAAUAAGACAGGUCGAAUGAAUGAUUUGAGUGUAAUUGGUCAUCCAAUAGAUUCAGAAUCUAAAGAAGAUGAACCUUGUAGUGAAGAGACUGAUCCAGAGCAUGAACUAAUUUUACCUCAGUACAUUGAAAUAGAUUUAUACCACAGUGAAGAGGAUGAAGAGGAAGAGGAAGACUGUGAAAAUGCUACUGAUGUAACCACUACUCCAUCAGUGCAGUACAUAAAUGGGAAGCAUCUUGUCACUACCCUGCCCAAGGACCCAGAAGUGGCAGAAGCCAGGCGCGGCCAGUUUGAAAGUGUUGCGCCUUCUCAAAAUUUUUCAGAAAGCAGUGAAAGUGAUACUCAUUCAUUUAUAAUAGAUGAAAAUGGAUUGUCUACUGGUCUACAGCCUAAUGAAUCUAUAGAAACAACAGAAUCAUUUGAAAUCCCAUGGAUACCUGAAAUUCAGUCUGAAAUACCAGAACAUUUUUCCAGUGGUGAGACUGAUGCUUUCCCCACAGCUCCAUUUCAGGAGCAAGAAACCACAGAGGAGCCAGAAUCCAUUACAAAGGGAACACCUGAGCUGGAUCGUCUGGUACCUGAACACACCAAUCCUCCAGCUCUGUUUCCUGAAGAGUAUUCAGGAGAUGCCACCAUUGACCAAGAAUCUCUGAAAACUGUCAUUUCAAGGGCCACAGAAGUAACAUUUGGUGAAGAGGCAGGAAAAAGUGAUUCUAUCAUAUAUCCUCUAAGUGUAACUUCAAGUUCUCCAUCAGCAAAUAUUUCAGAGGAAGUAUCAGUCACCUUAGCAGGAAAUUCAUGGUCUGAUGAUCCAGUAUCCACCAUAGAGAGCUGGAUGGAAGCAACCCCUCAACAGAUUGUUGAAUUCUCAGGGAAUCCUUCAGUUCCUGUUCCAGAUGGCUCUGGAGAAGCAGAAGAAGAUAAUAAAGAUAAAAUCUUCACCAUAGAAACUGAUUUAUCACCAAAAAGUACCACAGACACACUCAAAAUCUUAGAUACCAGCAAUGGCAUGAUUACAGAAAACCUUUUUAAUGUUCCUGUGACCUCUAUUUAUUCUGUUUCUGAACAAAAUUCUGCAGAAGUAGAACCUACCAAAUCCGUAAGGGAAACAGACACUUCCACCUGGGUGUUAAGCACAUUUCUUGAGGGAAAGACAAGGAAAGAUGAGGAAGAAGGAUUUACAGGUACAUCCUCAACAGUUGAGGUGUUUUCACCUACCCAAAGAUCAGACCAAUUAUUUUUACCCUCUGAACUUGAAAACAAAAAUGAAGCUACAUCUGGUGAUUCACCAUUUGUUACCAGGAAAAGUUUUGUGUCCUUGACAACACCCACACAGUCUGAACAGGAAAUGUCAAGUUCUCUUCUUGUCUUCACAGAAACAAAUGUUUUAGACAAUAUGGGGACUGAGAGCUCUGAAUCCAGGAUUAGCAAUCAAUCUGGUAUACUGAAAGGGUUGUCCACUGCAUCAGGGAGUCCCUUUAUGGAGCACGGAUCUGGAGAAGCAGCCACUGACCUAGAAGUGACAACUGUUUCUUCGUUUUCAUUACAUUUUGAGCCUGAAAUUCAGACCAAAAAGGAAGCAGCUGGCACACUGUCACCCCAGGUGGAAAGUGAAUUCUCUGUUGAGCCAAAAGGACUAGUUUCAAGUACAGAAGUGGACAGAGAGGCUACUAAAAUUCUAAGUCGAACAUCUAAAGAAAAUCCAUUUUCAGAGGGCUCAGGUGCACCUGAUUACGAGGCAGAAAUUAAGUUCUUUCCUACAGAUUUUCCUCUGGAGGAAGAUUUUAGUGGUGACUUUAGAGAAUAUUCAACAGUAUCUUACCCCGUUUCAAAAGAAGAAAUGGUAGUGCCAGAAGGCUCUGGGCAUGCAACACUUAAAGAUUUCCAGAUUGAGCCGUCUGUAAUACCUAGUUCAGAUCACAUUGAUCACAUGGCUGACUUGGAAAGAACUGACAGUACCUUAAUCAGCACAUCAGCCUUCCCUUGGGAAGAGUUCACAGCAUCUGCUGAGGGUUCAGGUGAACACUUGGUCUCAAUUAGCAGCUCUGUUGAACAAGUGUUUCCCAGUGCGCCGGGAUAUGUUUUAGGUAAAGAUUCACCAUCUAUUGACCAAGGUUUGGGAGAAGCAGGUUCUAUUAACAGCUCUGAUAAAAGAUCCACAAUUUUACCAACAAUAGAAACUGAAGAUACUGAAGUGAAGUUCUCUGGCACAGUUGUUACGGACUUUCCUCAAACUAUGGGGCCAGCCAAAUUAUGGUCUAGGCAAGAAACUAAUCCUGUUAGACAAGGAAUGAAAAGUGAAACAGCUUCAGAGGAAAUGAUUAAAGAACAGAAACAAUUUGAAUCACUCCAAGGCUCUGUGGCUCCAGAACAAACAAGUUUUGAUUCACAAAUAUUUUCUGAAACAGGACUCAGUACGACAGAUUAUUCUAUGCCAUCAACAAAGAAAACUUAUGAUGCUGUUAAGGAAAUUGAAGAGGAAGGGAUUUCCUCAAUUGAUGUCUCUUCAGAUCCAGAUGUAAAGACCUUGGAACUCUAUACUACUCACCCAGGAGUUGAGGAAAUAACUCAUUUUUUCUUACCUACUACCUCAGUGACUCAGUCUACAGCAGCUGAAAGUGUAAUUACAGAUUCAUUAAUCAAAGAGGAAGAAGGUAUUAAACCCUUUCCCAAAGUUACAAGACCAACAAUUACAGAGUCAGACGGCGAUGUUUUAUUUUCUGGACUAGGAUCAGGAGAAGUCAUGUCUACUAUAGCAUCUGUGAGUUUUCCUGAAACAGAACAUACCAUUCACACACUAUAUCCUCUAACUUCUCAAGUGGAGAUUUUAGAAACAAGCGUUUUAAGUGAUACAGUUGAAGACAAUGUAGGAACAGAAAAUGUGCCAAAUGGUAUUAGAUCAUCCACUAGAUCAUCCAUUACCCAAACAGACAACAUCUCUGAAAACAUUGAAACUGCAUCUAGCAUAACUUUACUGAAAAAUUUAGGUGACACCAACAAGAAAGAACCCACCAAGGCACCUUUCAUUUUCUCCACAGGCACCAAACAGGAUCAAAGGCAUACUUUCAGCUGGGCAGAAGAAAUACAGACUAGUAGACCACAACCUAUGACUGAACAAGCUUCUGAGGAGAAUUUGUCAGCAGCAGAAACAAAAGAAACAGUAACCUCCCCCACUGAGUAUCUGACUAGAACUUAUGAUCUUGAAAUGGCCAAGGGAGUUGAAACAUCAUCCCCUAAACCUGCUAAUUUGUUUUAUGAACAUUCUGGGGAAGGAUCUGGGGAAUUUGAUAUGGUUGAUUUAGUUCACACUUUUGGAACUACUCAGGCAACCAGUCAAGGAAAUCCUACAUUUGUUUCUGAUAGAUUCUUGGGAAAACAUUCUGAAGUGCCAAGUAUUGAUGGUGCUACUGUUGAUGGAUUCCCAACAGUUUCAGUGGUGCUACCUCUUCACUCAGAACAGAAUGAAAGCUUCUCUGAUUCAACUAACACACCCUCAACUACAGUGUCAUAUGAGAGGUCCCCAGAAGGAAUUUCUGGUAGUUUUCAAGACCAUUUCAAGGAGUCCACCUUAAAACCUAACCGAAGAAAAGCCACUGAAAAUAUUAUUAUAGAUCUGGACAAAGAGGACAAAGAUUUAAUGUUAACAAUUACAGAGAAUCCCAUCCUUGAAAUUCUACCUGAACUGACAUCAGAUAAAAAUACUAUCAUAGAUAUUGAUCACACUAAACCUGUGUAUUCAGACAUCCUUGGAAUGCAAACAGACAUAGAUUCAGAGGCAUCACAUGGCACUAAUGAAGAAGGCCCUCAAGUUCAAGAGAUUUUUGAGACAUCUGUUAAUCUUUCUUCAACUGAGGAAAACUUUGAGAACUCUGGUGAAAUUCCGACUAGUUACAGUCAGGCCAUGCAUACUGAAUUGAUGACUUCUGAAGACAGAACCCAAUUCGAUCCCAUGGGCUUUGUCUUCUCCACCAGGAUCCCUGUCCCCAGGACAGAAACAGAAUUAGAUAUUUUAUUUCCCACAGCAUCAUCCCUACCUGUUUCUAGUAAGUCUACCACAGUUAAUGCAGAGAUUGAAGAAUCCAAAAUUGAAGCAAAAGCUGUAGACGACAUCUUUGAAUCUAGCACACUAUCUGAUGGUCAAGCUAUUGCUGACCAAAGUGAAAUAAUAUCAACAUUGGGCCAUUUGGAAAGAACACAGGAUGAGUAUGAAGAAAAAAAACAUGCAAGUCCUUCUUUUCAGCCAGAAUUCUCUUCAGGAGCUGAGGAGGCACUGAUAGAUCCUUCAUCCUAUGUAAGUAUUAGUACUACCCACCUUAUGACUCAGAGUUUAACAGAAGCACCCAAUGUGAUGAAAGGAUCCAGUCCCCCAGAUAACACAGAUAGAACGUCAGAGGUUUAUGCUUUUGCAAAGAUGACUUCGAAUAUACCAGCCUCUCCUUUCACUGCCCUUUUAGACCGGGAAACCUCUGAACACACAGGGGAUGCCCAGCCAAGUGUUCUGCCAAGUACAGAGGCCAACACUGCACAAAUACCUCCAGGAAAACAUUCAAAUCUUGAAGUACCUUCCAAACCACCUAGUGAAGAGAUAACUGAACUUCCCUCUGAUUCUCCAAACACAGUAUUAGGACUCUUGGAAGACUACAAUCAACCUAAGUUAUUAGAACAAACAGAAGCUUUGCCCAUAGAACUAGUCACUGAAGAAGGAAUUGAGAUUGUCCCAGAUUCCCCCUACAAAGACAAUGUUCAACUUUCUAGAGAAACAGUCAAGGUACUUCCUAGCGUUACAACACCUGAGUCUGGAACUGUUGUCACAACUGAUGGUGAAAUUAAGUUACAAGGUGCUGUGCUGCGGCCAUAUUCUACUGCUGCUUCUGUGACUUACAAGGUAGAGACUGAUGUGCCUGGGACCUCUGAGAGGCCCACAGUUCCUUCUCAGGAAAUAAACCUUGAAACACAAGCAAUUUUGGUCAAAGGGGUGGAUUCCACAGUAGCAGCAACAGAACAACAAGUAUCAGUGAGAAUUCUUGAUUCCAAUAGACAGGCAACAGUAAGCCCUGCAGAGUUAAAUACUGAGCUUGUGACACCAUCAUUUCCCCUUCUGGAAAAUUCUAAUGAAACUGGUUUCCUGCUUGGCAUUAAUGAAGAGUCAGUGGAAGGCACAGCAGUUUAUUUACCAGGAACUGAUCGUUGUAAAACAAAUCCGUGCCUUAAUGGAGGCACCUGUUAUCCUACUGAAACUUCCUACGUGUGCACCUGCGUGCCGGGAUACAGUGGUGACCAGUGUGAACUAGAUUUUGAUGAAUGUCACUCUAACCCCUGUCGCAAUGGAGCCACAUGCAUCGAUGGGUUUAAUACAUUCAGAUGUCUCUGCCUUCCAAGCUAUGUUGGUGCACUUUGUGAACAAGACACUGAGACUUGUGACUACGGCUGGCACAAAUUUCAAGGGCAAUGCUACAAAUACUUUGCCCAUCGACGCACGUGGGAUGCAGCUGAAAGAGAAUGCCGUCUGCAGGGUGCCCAUCUCACCAGUAUUCUGUCUCAUGAGGAACAAAUGUUUGUGAAUCGCUUAGGCCAUGAUUAUCAGUGGAUAGGCCUCAAUGACAAGAUGUUUGAACAUGAUUUCCGUUGGACUGAUGGCAGCUCACUGCAAUAUGAGAACUGGAGACCCAACCAGCCAGAUAGCUUCUUUUCUGCUGGAGAAGACUGUGUGGUCAUCAUUUGGCAUGAGAAUGGCCAGUGGAAUGACGUCCCCUGCAAUUACCAUCUCACCUAUACCUGCAAGAAAGGAACAGUUGCUUGCGGCCAGCCCCCCGUUGUAGAAAAUGCCAAGACUUUUGGAAAGAUGAAACCUCGUUAUGAAAUCAACUCCCUGAUUAGAUAUCACUGCAAAGAUGGUUUCAUUCAACGCCACCUUCCAACUAUUCGUUGUUUAGGAAAUGGAAGAUGGGCUCUGCCUAAAAUUACCUGCAUGAACCCAUCUGCAUACCAAAGGACUUAUUCUAAGAAAUACUUUAAAAACUCCUCAUCAGCAAAUGACAAUUCAAUAAAUACAUCAAAACAUGAUCACCGUUGGAGUCGGAGGUGGCAGGAGUCCAGGCGCUGAGCCCUAAAAUGGCGAACAUGUGUUUUCAUCAUUUCAGCCAAAGUCCUAACUUCUUGUGCCUUUCUUAUCACCUCGAGAAGUAUUAUCAGUUGGUUUGGAUUUUGGACCACUGUCCAGCCAUUUUGGGUUGCUGUGCACUCCAAAUAUUUUAACUGAAAGUGUUGACAUUCAAAAAAAAAAAAAGAAGGCAAACAAAUGAGAGAAAAUGAGGGGAGAAAGGAACCAUUUCCAGCCUUUUUUUUUAAGAAGUUUUUUUAUUUGUCUCCAAUGCAAUACCAUUUUAUAAUGUAUACCAGCCUACUGUACUAUUUAAAAAGCUCAAUUUCAGCAUCAAUGUCAAUGUAAAUAAGAUGAUUUAAUGUUGAUUUUAAUCCUGUAUAUAAAAUAAGAAGUCACCUUGAGUUCAGGCAUAUUUAAUGAUGAUUAUGGGACCCUUUGCGGUCUUUAAUCAUUGGUUCGGCUGCUUUUUGUAGUGUGUUUAGGCUGGAAAUGGUUUCAUUUGCUCCUUGACCAUCAGCAAGACAGAGAACAGCUUUUCUCGGAACUAACAAAUGCAGUAUCCCAGUCACUGUGCCAUCCUCACCAUUGGUGCAGGUUGCUUCUGUGUAUUGCUGAAGACUUGCUAACGGAAUCCUGAUGGAAUUAGGGACUGCAAUGUGGAACUCUUCUUUGCCGCAACCCUUUCUCUUCACUUACAAGAAAGGCUGAAUGGAGGACUUUUCUAUCACCAGGAGCAUUUUUUUAGGGGUCAAAGUGCUAAUUAUUAACUCAACCAGGUCUACUUUUUAAUGGUUUUCCUAACACUAACUCACAAAGUUACAGAUCUACACUUUCAAAUGGAUCUAGACCUAGGGCUCUGGAGGGUGGGGGGAUUGUUGAAACAACAACAAAGAAAGAAAUUUUGUAUAUAUAACCAUUUUAAUCUUUUAUAAAGUUUUGAAUGUUCAUGUAUGAAUGCUGCAGCUGUGAAGCAUACAUAAAUAAAUGAAGUAAGCCAUACUGAUUUAAUUUAUUGGAUGUUAUUUUCGCCCCCCCCCACCAUGCCCCCAACUGCAACCUGAAAACUGACAUAGUAUGGUAGUUAUUUUUCAGUGUUUUUGUAUUUCCCUCACAAAGUUUGGAACUAUAAUCUAGGUAUUUUGUCCCCGAUUGAAUGAUGUGAUAGAUCAACUGCAUCAAGUAUUUGUUACAAGAGUGGAAAAGUAUAUAGUUUUCAGCAAAUCGUGUUUGCCCAUUCUAAGCAAGGGGCAUAUAUUUAGAAAUAGCGUGGACAUUUCUUCCUUGUUAGGUGGAGUGUAUGUAUGUAUAUUCUCUUUAUCUUUUCCCACUCUGUUUUCUCCCAUGUAUUUGAAUAAAGUGACUGCUGAUGAUAACCUUGAAUCAUUAUCCACUUACUUUGAAUGCUUAAAAGAAAAUCUGUAAUGGAAAGAAGACAUUUAGUAGUCUUUGUCCAAUUUCAGCCAGAAUGACAUUAAGAAAAGAAGACAACAAAUAAAAUGCAAGCAGCAAAAAGCACACCCAACAACAAUAUUUUUUUUCUUCAUGAAAACUCCUUUGGGUAGGAAGGAGCAACUGUAGCAACAAUCACAUAUACUGUCUUUAAGCAAGUUCCCUUGGUUGUGCUGCAUUAGUGCAAUCUACCAUUAGGUGUCCGUGAGCACAGAGCAACAGGGUGUUGAAUAUUUAGGUUUUACUUUUUUUUUCCCCUUCUUUCAUUACAAUGCACAUAAUACAUUCCUGUAUUUAUAUUAUAACAUGUAUAGUGUAAAAUGUGAAUGACUGUCUUUUUUUGUGAAUGAAAUCAAAAAUCUUUGUAACUUUUUAUAUAUGCUUUUGUUUCACCAAAGAAACCUAAAAUCCUUCUUGUA